AUGCAGAUUCUAAAGUACAGGUUCAACCAUGAGAGUGAAAUACUACCCGAUGAGCGUCUGCUUGAGAGUAAUUUGGCGGCCAAUAUGUUUGCUUGUGAUUCUAGUAAUUCCCUUUACAAGUUGCACCAGCUUUUAGCAGUUUCAACUAUUCCCCAUUUAGCACAGGCUACUUAUAUUGGAAUAGAUGGCUUGAUUUUCUCAUUUUACAGAGGGGAGACUCAAAUGAUUGCAUCGUAUAGCAACAUUUCAUAUUCUUCAAUCUGGUAUAGUCAGCACGUGGACCGAGACAACGGGAAUCUAUAUGGAGAACCUAUUUUCACAAAAUCUAUUGCUGCUAGGAAAGCAACUUGGUUUCAAAAGGCUUUGAAUAGCUCAAGUGGCCAUUCAUGGUUUGGAAAAGCAUGGAACAAAGCUCAAGAUGGGUUAUUUCUUAGUGCUGUGGGUAUGGAUGGCAGAGGUGUGAUUUCCCUUGGCUUGAGAGCAAAGGCAGUUGCUGAUCAAUUUGCAGCUUUAGAAUUCCAUGAUGCUGAUUUUCAGUUGGCUACACAUGAUGGGGAAGUGAUUAUACCAACGAGGCUUCCAAACACGCAGAUAACUGUAAGCAAUAACACAAAGCUGAAGCCAAAUGGUGACCCUUAUAUAGAUCUUGUUGGUAACUUGUCGUGUUCUAUGUCUCAUGGUGGAGGGUCAAAAUAUUUUAAUGAGAAAGUUUCUGGAGUGACAUACAAGUUUUAUUGCUCUACCCUUGAGAUUGCUGGGGUUUGA